AAAAAUGCUCCGAAAACUUGUUGAUAAAUAUCAUGUAGUUUUGGCUUCUCAAUCACCUCGUAGAAAGAAAAUUCUGAUAGAGAAUGGAGGAUUAGAAUUUGAAAAGGAUUUUGUUAUCAUUCCAUCGACUUUUGAUGAAAAAUCGUUAGAUAAAAGCAAGUUUGAAACACCAAACGAUUUUGUGAUGGAAAAUUCGAGAUUGAAGGCUGAACAAGUGUUCAACUCUAUGAAGGAUUCGUUCGAUAAUUUAAUAGUGAUUGGAAGUGAUAGUAUUGUAGUGUAUGGAAAGGAAAUAUUGGAAAAACCAGCAAGUACUGAUGAAGCUCGGAAUAUGUUGAACAUGUUGAGUGGAAAUAAGCAUAAGGUCAUUUCUGGUGUUUCAAUCUACAUUAAAAACACGAGUAACUGUGCUUCUGAACCGAAACUUAUUUCAUUUGCUUCGGAAACUCUUGUUUUGUUUGAUACACUCUCAGCAGAGCUCAUUGAGGAAUAUAUUGAAACAAAGGAACCAAUGGAUAAAGCUGGAGCAUAUGGUAUUCAAGAUAUGGGAUCUGCUUUUGUUUUAUCCAUUGAAGGAGAUUAUCAUACAGUGAUGGGAUUACCUUAUCAGAAAACAUUUGCUGCCCUCAGACUAGCUCUUCAUAAAUAAUAAUAAUAAGCAAAAUUGAUUAUUAUUAGUUAUUGGAUUCUUUCACUUUUAAUGCAAUCACAAAAUGAACAAAUUCUCAGACAAGAUCCAUAAAUUGUCUAAAUAGUCUCAAACAUUCACAAUCCAUAUCGAAUGUAAUUAAAGAAGUUCAAUUUCAGAUGCGAAUAAAAAAAUGGGAAAUC